AUGACCACGGAAAUUCAGAACGUUGUGGUAGUUGGGGGAGGGGCUGCUGGAACGAUGAUAUGUCGGAAAUUGUCAACGAAGCUCGACCCCCGGCGGCACAAGCUCAUCCUCGUCACCGCACGACCUUACUACACCCACCUCCCGCCAUGCAUUCGGAUGGUCGUCACUCCGCAAGGCGCUCUCGAGAACCAAGUCCACAUUCCCUAUGACACCCUCUUCACGGGAAAGAGAUCCAUCGGACGGGUCGUCAUCGCCAAGGUCGUCGGAGUCGACGAAAAUGACGACAAGAAAGGCGGCAAAGUACGCCUGGACAGCGGGGAGACUAUCGACUUUGCGGUCUUGGUCGUAGCAACGGGGUGUACUUGGGAAGGGCCGCUGAAUUUCCCGGAUGGAAGAGAAGAACUCGAGAAGUGGCUGGCGGAGUGGAGGGACCGGUUUUGCAAAGCGGAGGAUGUGGUUAUUGUUGGUGGUGGUUCUGUGGGGAUAGAAUUUGCGGGGGAGAUUAGGGAUUUGUCGCCGACGAAGAGGAUAACGAUUGUCCAUGACCAGUCGCUGCUCCUAAACGAUGCGUACCCGGAUAGUUUCAGAAAGCUUGCAGCGAAGAAUAUAAGGAAGAGGGAUGUAGAGAUCAUUUUGGACGAUGCGAUUCAUGAUUUGGGGAUUUCGGACGCGAGCACGAUUCGAACAGCCAAAGGACGCUUGCUGGUUGCUGAUUUAGUGAUUCCAUGCCGCGGACCACGACCAAAUACCAGUUUCCUGGCGGGACUUGAAGAUGGACCAAUCAAUCACGCUGGAUAUGUGCAUGUUAUCCCGACAUUACAAGUUUGGAGACACCCGAGAAUCCUAGCAGCCGGAGACAUUAUCGACCGGGAUGAGCAGAAGCAGCUUCAAAAGUACCCCUAUCACGCUGACGUAGUUGUUCGGAAUGUCCUGGAUAUCCUGAAGGGUCGUCAACCGGAGGCACUAUAUAAGGGGUGCUACGAGCGUAUCGUCAUAUCGAAUGGCAAGAGAGCUGGCGUCACAUAUUACAGCUACUGGGGUCCGGAACUUCAAUUCGGCGAUUGGGUGUCGCAAGUGACCAAGUCGACAGUGUUUUCGAGGGACCAUGCAAAGCAGAAGCUUGGUUUCUGA